AUGGGUGUUACAGGAUUGCUUCCAAAUCUCAAGGAGAUCCAAAAGCCUACUAAGCUAGAAAAGUAUGAAGGAAAAACUUUGGCGGUCGAUACUUAUGGUUGGUUGCAUCGUGGACUAGUGUCUUGUGCGCAAGAACUUUGUCAAGACGUUCCAACGCGUAAAUACAUCAACUCUGUGAUGAAGAAAAUUGAUAUGCUUAGGCAUUUUGGUGUUGAACCCUACCUCGUAUUUGAUGGGGCGUAUUUGCCAACAAAGGCAGAUACUGCAAAGGAAAGAAGAUUGAAAAGAGAAGAGGCAAAGGCAAAGGCAGAUGCUCUUGUUAGGCUGGGGAAUAAGAAACUCGCGUGGAAAGAGUUCAUGAAGGCCGCAGGAGUCACUCCCCAGAUGGCUAAAUCAAUAAUGCUAGAACUAGACAUAAGAAAGGUUAAAUAUGUAGUUGCACCUUAUGAAGCAGAUCCUCAAAUGGUUUAUCUCGAGAAAUGUGGGAUAGUAGAUGGAAUACUUUCAGAAGACUCAGACUUGCUAAUAUUUGGAUGUAACCGAUUGAUAACUAAAUUAGAUGAUUAUGGAAACUGUGUAGAAAUUUGCAGAGAAGACUUUGGUUUGGUCAAGUCUAUUCCACAGUUAUCUUCCUAUACUCAAGAACAUCUCAGACUAGUAGCCAUUCUAUCUGGAUGUGAUUACACUAAGGGUAUCGCAGGAAUUGGAUUGAAGACUGCAUUCACACUCGUCAGAAGACACAGUAGUAUUGAAAAGAUUCUUCAGUACUUGAGAACAGACGGUAAAGCUGUAUCUCUGGAGUUUGAAGCGGAAGCCGAGAAGGCGAACAUAGCCUUUCAGUACCAAAAGGUUUUCGACCCAAUUGAACAAAAGCUUAAGACUCUAAAUGAAGUUCCUGAAGAGAUGAUUAGUAAAAGCAUUGAAUUACUUGAAGUUUGUUGUGGUGAAACAUUGUCACAUGAGAUACAUGUUGAAAUUUGCAACGGUAGAAUGCACCCUAAUACUUUGGAGACUUUAAUAUCGAGAGAACAGAGCUUGACCAUGUUGACUCUGAGAAGUGUGUCCACCUCGAACUAUAAGAAAGUCAGCGGAGAUGGUCCGAUUUUAGCAUCCAAAUAUAACAGUGUGCCUAAGAUUGGAAGCAUUGAUUCAUUUUUCAAAACUAGCUUAAAGCAGCCUACUCUAGGAAGUAAAGCUCAAUUAUCAGCACCUGUGCCCUCUUUGGCUAGAAAAGAUGCACCAUCGGUACCAAAUCUAGUUAAAAGAGAUGUAGAACAGACAAAGGGAGAGAAACUUGACAAGAAAUACGUUGCUGUAUCGCCAACUACUAGAAAAAUCAGAAGAGUAAUCGAAAUACCAGCGGAAAACGCCCUUCUGACGGAGAAGAAGACUAAUCAGAGCAGCAAAUUUUUUGAUACAUUACUUUCAACCUCAAAAGUGAAGGCAAGCUGGGACAUAUCAGGAGAUUCUGAUAUUCCCGAUGAAUUCUUAUCAUCGCCAAUGAAGUUAAAAUCCAAAGAAAGGUCUCCAUUGAAAGAGGAGAUUCAAGAGCCAACACAGGAUACCGAAGGUUUUGACGUUGAUUUGGACGAUGACGACAUCGAAGAAUCUCCUAUUAAGAACGUUAAUACUAGUCCCACUAAAAGGUUAAUCGAAUUUGGGAAGAGUUUAUUUGACAGAUUCCUGAUGAAACCUGGUGUCCCCAAAUUAGAUGGCCCAGCUUUAGAAGCUAAAGAUGAAGAUGACUUUAGUGAAGAGAUCGAUGAAGAGGACCAAAUAAAUGAAAAAGUGGAACAGAAUGUCGUAGAAGAUGAAGCUGAUAGAAAAGAAGUAAAAAGACUUGAUGAGGGAAUUCGAAUCCCAAAGGAGGUUUUCGAGCCUAAAUUAAACACAACUGCAAUAAAUUUGCAGAGAUUUGCAUACAAAGGAUAA